AUGGCGCAGGGUCUUCUCAAGAAAAGCAAGCCCGCCACGGCAACCGCCAAGCGUUCCUCCCUCGCCGCCUCCAAAACAAAGCGCGGUCCCCGACAGAUCGCACCCAAGAAGCAAUCCCUCAUUAGACAGGCCAAAAUGACCAAGAAACUCACGUCCGGGCUUGUUACGAAGACGGAACGCAGUCUUGCGACUAAGGCGGGGCAUUUGGAGUUGUUGAAGGGUGGGAAGAAGGAUCAUGGUGAUAAGGGUGGGAAGAAGAAAUAA